AUGUCUGAGAUGAGAUGGGAGGAGACUUACAAUAUGGCGCCGCCUCUCAACUUGCAGCAGCUGGAAGCGUCUCUCCGCAGGAUAUGGCAACAGAUCCCUCAGGAUUUCUUCAGGAGGGUCAUCUUUUCUCUCAGGAGGAGAGGGUGGUGCCAGCGGACUCUGUGCACGUCUGAGAAAAAACUUGAAUGUAUCUUCAGAACAUGGCUAGAGUGCUGUCUCUACAGGAUUGUAUGGAGGACGGUUGUAAAGACAGAACGGUUCUGCUGCACAGGCUUCCGGGGCAGAGGCUGUGAUAAACCUGUCUGUAAUCCCGCGUGCGCUAACGGUGGUACGUGUACUGCCCCUGGCAGGUGCGAGUGCCGAGCUGGUUUCGAGGGCCCGACUUGUCGUGGAACUGAACCUUGCUCUCACCGAUCUCCGUGCUUCCCGGGCACCUGCUCUGGGAGCUGUACUUGUCAGUCGGGAUUCACACAACAGACAUGCUUGACAUUGAGGGACCAGGCACCUAGAAUAUGGCAAUGCCGUGCUCGCCUGGAGAGUCGGAAGACGUCCCUGGACCCCGCCAUAAAUGGAAUGGUGAUGUAUUCAUUCAUCACGGACUCCUCCAACCCGGAUGUAGACACAGAGGACGUCAUUUGGUCCAACCAAAAAGGAUUUAAUUAUUUACAGAUAGACGGCACUGCCCAAUUUGAUGCAACCAUAGAGUACCCCAAACCCUCCUAUGUGCGCAGAUCGACAUUCGGCGUGACCAGCGCCACUGCAACGGUCAGACACACGAAGUUGGAUACAGACAAAGGUGGCAGGUACAUAACCAAAGAAGAGAACUAUAUUUGUGAACAGAGGGGUGGAAGGGGCGUGGCCACUGUCGAAUACUGGAACUGCACGGUGGAAGAGCCAAGGUUUGACCAGUCCAUCACUAAUGCGGAUGAGCUUGAAGUGACCUUGAACUUCACCAGCGGGGGCAGCAGGGAGUUGAUCAACCCCGAUACUAAUGUAUUCUACAACAGAGAGGACUACACCCAGCAGUCUUCAUCCAAAACGCUCAGGUUCAAAUUCGACCUGACUAAACCUUCCCAUUGCUUCGGCAAGCCGACCUGUCUUACGUCACCUCUAUCCCUAGACAGGGACAUUACGCGUAAUCAAGUUGCAAUAACGUGGGACGGUUGGACGGACAACCUGUCUGGGAUGCACCGCUACGCAUGGGAAGUAUUUCGACUGGACACCAUAACCGCUGACGGCAAGCUGGGGGAAAAGAAUCCCCUCCAACCUCUUGUCAACAGGAGUGGCUAG